CCCGGAUGAAGCCUCCGUCCGGGUGAGCAGCAGGGCCGCCGACACUGUUGGGGUACUAGUCUCGCAGCGAGGGGGUCGGAGCGGAUUACAGCCCCCCGGGAUUCAUGCGGACGGGACUCCGCGCAGCGCCAGCCGGGCCACGACGAGCAGAGCGAGCGGAGACCCCGGCCAGCGGCUGAGAGAGAGCAGAGCGGAGCUCGGCCGCCUGGUAGCGGAGUUAGUCCCGACACAGCGACGUCUCUGCGGGGCUGCAGCUCCAGACCAGCAGGGAGGAUGUCCGCCGCUAGUAUCGACCCGCAGACAUCGAAAGGACAAGAUGCAAGCAAAGCCUUUCCCGUUUCAGUGCAGAAUGGUUCCCUCCACCAGAAGGAUACGGUGCACGAUAACGACUUUGAGCCUUAUCUCACCAGCCAGUCAAGUCAGAAUAACAGCUAUCAAUCCAUGACAGACCCGUACCUCUCCAGCUACUAUGCACCCUCUAUUGGAUUCCCUUACCCUCUAAAUGAGGCUCCUUGGUCUACAGGAGGUGACCCACCCAUCCCCUACCUGACUCCUUAUGCCCCGCUCAGUAACGGAGACCAUCACUUCAUGCCCGACACCGUGUUUGGACAGCCGGGGGGGCUCAGCAGCAGCAUCUACCCCCACAGGUUCAACUUCUUCCCGGAGAACCCGGCCUUCUCGGCCUGGGGCACCAGCGGCUCUCAGGGCCAGCAGACUCAGAGCUCAGCGUACGGGAACAGCUACAGCUACCCACCCAGCUCUCUAGGAGGUACAUUAGUCCCCGAUGGCCAGACAGGUUUCCAUAGCGACACCCUCAGUAAGGCCCCAGGCAUGAACAGCCUAGAGCAGGGCAUGCUAGGCCUCAAGUUAGGUGGAGACGUGACGGGGAGUGGCUCAGGAGUGAAGAGCGGGGGCUCUGUCAUAGGUGGCGGUGGCAGCGUAGCUGCAGCUGUUGCCACAGGCAACGGUGGCACACCGGUCGGAAUGCCUCCUCAAAAACCUACAUCGUGGGCUGCUAUCGCAAGUAAACCUGCCAAGCUGCAGCAGCAAAAGAACAAGAAUAAGCCUGGCACACUGAUACCUGGAGGAGCUAUGCCUCCUCCUCAGAUGAAACACAACAUGGACAUUGAUACCUGGGAUAAUAAAGGGACAGCCGCCAAGAUGGGCCCUCCCUUGUCCCACCAUCAGCAGCACCCAGCCCAGCUCCACUCCCACACCCACAGUCUCAUCCCUCCCCUGCAGCAGUCCCUGCAGUCGGCCCAGUCCCUCGUGCAACAGAUGACCAUGCAGGGUCCCCCCCCACCGCUGCAGUCUUACCAGAACCAUAACUCUGUUCUAGCCCCCCAGACCAGAUGGAUAGCGCCACGCAACCGCAGCCUGUGCUACGGCGGCGGAAGCUUGGACAGCAGCGGCUCCUCCAACGGCGGCAGCGUGGGCAACGGCGGGGCCAUGGGGGGCGGCGUGCCUUCAGAGCUGGGGUCCGAGUCCCACCCCGUGCUGGAGAAGCUGCGAGCGGCCCACAGCUACAACCCCAAGGAGUUUGACUGGAACCUGAAAAACGGCCGCGUGUUCAUCAUCAAGAGCUACUCUGAGGACGAUAUCCACCGCUCCAUCAAAUACUCCAUCUGGUGCAGCACGGAGCACGGCAACAAGCGCCUGGACUCGGCCUUCAGAGCCAUGAACUCUAAGGGUCCCGUCUACUUGUUGUUCAGCGUCAACGGCAGCGGCCACUUCUGUGGCGUGGCAGAGAUGCGCUCUCCUGUGGACUACAACACCAGCGCGGGCGUCUGGGCGCAGGACAAGUGGAAGGGCAAGUUUGAUGUGAACUGGUUGUUUGUUAAGGAUGUGCCUAAUAGCCAGCUGCGCCACAUCCGCCUGGAAAACAACGACAACAAGCCAGUCACCAACUCACGUGACACCCAAGAGGUUCCUCUGGAAAAGGCAAAGCAGGUGCUCAAGAUCAUCGCCCAGUACAAACACACCACCUCCAUCUUUGACGACUUCUCCCACUAUGAGAAGAAGCAGGAGGAGGAAGAGGUGGUGAAAAAGAGCUACGAGCCUGCUCCAUUACCGAAUAGAUCCCGAAUCGACCAGGUUGCCGUGGGAGUUUAUGGUGGGCCGUCUAAUAGUUUAUAUUUCUACCCUCCGUCUCUUUCAGGAUCGUCAGAAGUGAACUGUAACAAUGGGCCUCUGUGUUUGGAUGGACGUACUAAAAUUUAGAAUCAAAUAGAGAAACAAAGACAUAAAAAUAAAUAAAUAAAUAAACAAAAACUAAUAAGUUUUCUAUUUAAUUUUGUCUACUUUGGCCCAUAUCAAACUUUUGAGCCGCAUUACUCCGGGUUCCCCAGACUUUAAAAACGUGCAGGGAUGAAGCUAGUUCCAUCAUUUGAAUUGCUUCAGUAACAUCUUUUUUCCUGUUUUUCUUUUUUCUUUUCCCUUAUUUUUUUUUUUUUUUUUUAGUAUUAUCAUUUUCUCCUUAGAAAAUUCUAAAUAUAUAUUGCUGCCCUGGAACCUUUUUAAAUUGUCUCCUAAAUAAUAAUACUGUAUGUUUGAAACAUUUCUUGACGACAUGCUGCUGAUAUUCAGUGACUGUUCACUUUGUGGUUUGUUUGUUGAAGGAUUGUUAAGUGCUUGUAUUGGUUAAUCUUGAUGAGUGAACAACACUUUUACUCACAAAUGUCUGGUAUCUGUGCGUGGCCAGUUGUGUUUUAAAUUAUUAGAAGAUGAAAAAAAACAAACUUUUUAACAGCCCUUUUUUCAUGUGUGAGGAGUUUUACCUUAUGGGAUUGAAGGUUUCAGUGUGAACACACUAGUUGUGCAAGGCUGUGGCACUAAAAAGCAUAAAUAUUUGAAAAAUAUAUUGGAAAACUUUAUGACCUGGCUUGUAUGUAAUAUGGAUUUAAAAUAAUGUGGAAGUAUGUUGGGUUUUUUGUCUCCCAUUUAUUUCCAGCUGCUGUGUAAAGGAUAAUUGGUUAUUUCCAGCGCUGCACCUCACAAGUUUCAGAAAGAUUCAAAGAACAUCUGCAAAUCAGACACUUGGAAAGAUGGUUCCUCUCUUAUUUAAUAGAUAAAAUUGCAUAAACUCUGAAUGAGUUUGAGUUCUUACCUUGUUUCCCCCGUUGUUACUGUAAUCUCAGUCAUCGUCUCAAACACGGAGACAAUGGAACAGCUGCUUCUCAAACUUAAGCCAGGCUUGCCAUAUUUUUUUUUCCACUUUCUUUUUUUUCUUCUAUUUGUUAACAUUAUAAUAUUGACAUGUUCAUAGCUAUAACAAGUCCACUUCAUCCUCAAAAAAAUGUAAGCUUUAAUGUACUGACAUUUUUAACUGAGAUUGCCUCAAAAUGUUAAAACUGUAGCAUUAUACUAAACUGAUGUAUUGUCAAGCGUAUGAAACCCCAGAGCCUAGGCUAUAUGGUAUACUGUAUGUUUGUGACUUCUUUUCUUCCUUUUUUGUUUCUCUUUUCAACUGCUUGCUGUAUUGUGCGCGUAUACAAGAGUGACUGGAAGAAGAGGGAGUACGACUGUGGCGCAAUCAGAGUUCUAUGAUAUUGGAAUAUAGAAAAUUUAUGCAAAAAAAAAAAAAAGUUUUAAGUCACCCUUGGAUUAAAUAUCUAUUGUAUCAGAGGUCACUAUCACAUUCUUAGAUUUGAUCAUUUCAUUAUUAAAGAUAUACUCAUCUGUU